AUGAACGAUCAAAUAACCUUUCAAUACGCCAACGAGUGCGAGUUAGAGAUUCAUUGCUCACCCUUUGGAUUGAGUGGUUUGUAUAUCAAAAUUAGUGGUACCGAUGUUCGUGGAAUUGGGUCCACUUUGGGAAUAAUAACAGGUUCAACUAGAGGACGAAUACAUUAUAAUGACUCAAGAGAUUUGAUAAAUCGAGAAUAUAAGCUUUACGUGACGGUAGAUCCUGAGGAUAUGUUGAGAAUAGAUUUUACCAAAAUUAUACUUGAUAGUACGGGAAGUGGAAAAUUCGAUACGUCUAAUGACAAGGACGACGAUGAAGUUCCAGCCUUAAUCUUCAUGGGGAAGUGCCCUGAAGGAAGGCCAGAAAAAAUACAGCCCUUUAUUGGUAUAUUCUCAUUUGAAGGGGAAGAUACUAGCUCCGGUCUAAAUGAUAGCCAAUAG